AUGGAAGACGUCGACGUCGACUGGGGACUCGAUGACGACGGAUACGACGACGACUGUCUCUCCCUCGGCGGAUACGAUGACGAGGUGGCGGAUGAGCUUAAAACAAAACACGCAAAGGACUCACAGAAGGAGACGGUGAAGAGGGAUGAGCCUAGGCGCAGCCCGGAGAAGAAGAGGACGGAGAAGGAUGAGGUGGCCAUCGCCGUGAAAGAGGCUCCGAAGGCCACGCCGGAGGAGGCGCCGAAGGAGGUGGCCAAGGAGGCCUCUAACCCCGCUCCGGUAUCAGCACCGAAGCCCACUUCCAUUGAUACCCCGAUCUCUUCCACCCAACCUGUCACUUUAUCCACCUCCGCCUCUUCGUCCAAACCCGCAACUGAGCUCUCCGCAGCCACCCUGUCCGCAAACCGGGCGGUGGCGCAGGAGGGCGAGCGCUUGUCUAGCCACUCCCGCGACCCUGCUGGGCGUAAACGUCGUGCCCGAUCGCCGGAGCGUGGGGAGCGCCGUGACGACCGUCGUGACAAGCGCGACAGCGACCUUACCCGCGAAACCGAGAGCCGUGACGACGCUCCUCGACGUGACUCUGACGACCGCUCCGGCCCCGCUCAAGAGCGCCGAGACAGCUACGACAGGCACCGGCCCGACGACAAGGCCCUCAGUGGCGGACGCGACGGGAAAGAUUGGAAUCAGCGGCGCGAGGCAAAGCGCGAGCGUGAUCGUGCAGCGUGGCGUGAGAAGGAGCCGGCCUCGCUCCGUUCUGAGGAAGGGUACCAUCUCAAAGGCGCGUUCCAACAGCCGCUGCACAACAGCGCAGACGGGUUACCUGACGGCUGGCGCCGGAUAGUGCCUGACAAGGCGUUCCGAGAGGGGAUACCGAUUCCAACCGCGCCGAAGGGCGGCCCGGGGCGGUAUUUCUAUCGGCAUGAAGAGACGGGAGUUGGACAGUGGGAGGCGCCGGACAGCCAGGCCGAGUCUAAAUCCGAGAAGGAGAGGGAGGCGGGCGGGAAAGAGGACCGGAAGGUGGACCGGAAAGUGGACCGGAAGGAGGACACGGAGAAAAAGCUAGAACAUCAAGAUCGACCACCCACAGGCCCCGCCGCCACCAGAGGCCCGUCGGCCACUUCCACACUUUCCAAUAGUGUCCCCACAGGUCCCAGAGCAGUGAGAGAGCGCGAGUCGUCAAAGGACUGCGACGACCGGAAUGACAGGGACGCGCGAGACCGCGAGCGCCGCGAGCCAGAAGGCGACACGCGCGGACGCGAGUCACGUCCGCGCGACGACGGUCGCCGGGACCGUGACCGGCGCGAGGACCGGCGCGAGGACCGUCGGGAACAUGGCGGACGCGAGAGGCGCAACGGCGGCCGCGAGGACGAGCGCGCUAUCAGGCGCGAAACUGACCAACGUCCUACUCGGCGCGACGAACCCCGCGCAUCUGUCCCUAAUCCUAACCCUGCUCCUGCAUCUGCUCCCCCUGGCCCGAGGAUGAACGACGCUCGCGCGGCGAUGCUUAACGGAUCUGCUCGGACCAUGCCCGGCCGUGCACUCGAACUGCCUCGCCCUGCAUUCGGACCGGGACGACGCGUGCCACCCGGCGCCCGUGCACCGAUUGUAGGCCGGUUUGCGCCUGGGCCCCAGGGACCCGCUGCUGGCCAUGGUAUGCGUGCAUGGGGGCGCCCAGCCAACGCACCUCGCGAGCCCGCUCGUGGGUUUCCUCCUCGUGAGCCCGCAGCUGUUCAACACGAGCGCAAUCCCCGCGACAACCGGGAACGUGACCGCGAUCAUGAGCCUCGCGACAACCGUGAACGCGAGAGCGGCGGCCAGCCUCGUGACAACCGCGACCCUUACGGACAAUCUCGUCACCCGCAGCGUGAGCCGGGGGGGCGCGACGAACCCAAGCCGGGCGACGAGCCUCGCCGCAGCGAAAAGGCUGAGGCCUUGCGCGCACAGCUCCAGGAGAGCAGGCGCGCGCGGGAGGAGGAGCGCACACCUAGCGGCGAUAGGGACGAGCGGGACUCCGAGGCCGAGAAGCGUAAACGCGAACCCGAGGACGAAGGCGAGCGACGCGACCACUGCCGUCAGUCCGUCGACCGCGUCAAGGACCGUCUCAACACCAGCGAGGCUCGCGCGGUUCCAGUGCAUCCCAGCCGCAUGGGUUUAGUCCCAACAGCCCGUCCCUCAGCACCUUCUCGUCCCCAGGGGCGGUCCCACAACUUCCAGGGGCCUCAGCAUUCCAGGCCUGAUCUCGCAAGCCGCCUCUCGGACCGGGAGCCCCGCCGCGACGAGGAGAAGCCCAACCUGGCUAGCCGCAUUUCCGGUCUACCAGAACGCGGCGACAACCGCAACGACUGGCAGCCGCGUCCGGGCCAAGAACCACCCGUCACCCGCCAGUCCCCAGAACGCCCCUCACGGCCCCUCCCUCCUUCCUCUCCAGAGCGUCCGCGUGCGCGCUCCCCAGGUCGCUCGCCGGAACGAGCAUGCGCAUCACCAGUCCCUCCCGCCCGUGCCGCAAUCGUCUCCAAGCCUGGACCAGCGGUGCACCCCGCUCGCGCUACCCUGGUUCCCUCAGAGCCUGCGCGGCAACCGCGCGGACCGCCGCCCGACGCGCCAGGAUUUGAGCGCGAUCGUGAGCGCGACCGCAACGAGCAGCGCAGUCCUGUUCGCAGCGCGCCUGCGUACGGGCCCGGUGCGCGCGGCCGUGACGGUGACCGCCGACCAGACCGUGACAACCGCGACCGUGACCGUGAUCGCGGAGGCGAUCGCCGAAGCCCCAUCCGUGACGCGCCGGCGUACGGUCCCAAUGCGCGUCGCCCCGCAUCCGGUCCUAUGGGGCGAUGGGGCAACGACUGCGCGCGUUCCCCGCCGCCCCAUGACCGUCGCCGUGAGGAACGCGACGAGCGUGAUAGAGGCACAAAACGGCCUCUCGAGGGAGCUGGUGGAAGCGGGCGUGAGAAGCGGCGCUCCGCGCGAGGUCGGUGGUAG